AUAUAAAUAUAUCGGAGCUCUAAAAAUCGAUAACUUCCUGGCAAUCACGAAAAUACAAGAAAAACAAAAGUUGAUGUAAUUACUAAAAAAAAAUGGGGAAAUGCUGUGCGUUGAUGAUCUUGCUAUUGUCUUUUCUUCUUCUUGUCCUUCAAAACCUCCAAGUCGUUAGCGCCGUCGGGUGUGCCGGAAGCUUUUUCAAUGCUAACAGCACCUUCCUUCAGAACCGGGACGAUAUAUUCUCUACCCUUGCUGAUAAAGUCAUUGCUAACGGUGGAUUCUACAACGCUUCACUCGGCAACAGUCCCAACAGAGUUUACGCUCUUGUCCUCUGCCAAAGAGGCUAUGACCAACAAGCUUGUUCCAACUGCGUCCAAAGCGCGACUCGGGGUAUACAAACUAACUGUCUGAACCGCAUGGAUUCGUUCACGUGGGACAAAGACGUUGAAGACAAUGUUUCUUGUCUUGUACGUACCUCAAACCCCUCAACUUUCGGGAAACUCGAGCUUAGACCCGCUAUUAUAUACCCAAGUCCACUUGGUAUCGAAGCAUCUAACAACAUGACCAUUUUCGAACAAGAGUGGGAUGGGAUGGUUAACGGGACUGUCGAGGCUGCCACAGAUGCUGAAACUUCCUCGGUAAUAAAGUACUUUGGUGCCGUAAAAGCUGAGUUUACCGAAUUUCCGAAUGUGUACAUGCUGAUGCAGUGUACACCGGACAUAACUUCUCAAGAUUGCAAUACAUGUUUAAGAGAAUGCGUGACGUUAUUUAAAAACCAGUUUUGGGGAAGACAAGGAGGCGAGGUCAAUCGUCCGAGCUGUUUUUUCAGGUGGGAUUUUUAUACAUUCCAUGGUGCUUUUGGUAAUGUUACUAGAGUUCCUGCGCCUCCAAGACCUCCGGCUCAGGAAAAGGAGAGCUCUGCAACCGACAAGAAAGGAAGAAGCACAAGGUCUUGGGUAAUCAUAGCGAUAUUUGUGGUUCUUACUUUGAUCAAUAUUCUGGUAUUUAUCGGUCUCAUAAAGUUCUUUGCUGGGAGGAGAAGAUCAAACAACGGAUAUAAUAUUGGCAGUGCAGAGUACUCUGAGGCUGAUGGUCAAUUUAUGCUACGGUUUAAUCUAAAUAUGAUCAUGACGGCUACCGAUGACUUCUCGUCUGAAAAUAAGCUUGGCCAAGGUGGAUUUGGUACUGUACAUAAGGGGAUAUUACCAAACGGGCAAGAGAUAGCGGUGAAGAGAUUAACUAAAGGUUCAGGACAAGGAGAUACAGAGUUUAAGAAUGAGGUUUCACUUUUGACAAGACUCCAACAUAGGAAUCUGGUUAAGCUUCUUGGGUUCUGUAGUGAAGGAGAUGAAGAAAUUCUUAUCUACGAGCUUGUCCAUAAUUCAAGUCUUGACCACUUUAUCUUUGAUGGAGAGAGACGUUCACUUCUUACAUGGGAUGUGAGAUUCCGAAUUAUAGAAGGCAUUGCUCGAGGUCUUCUUUAUCUUCAUGAAGAUUCUCAGCUGAAGAUUAUUCAUCGAGACUUGAAAGCAAGCAACAUCCUGUUAGAUACAGAGAUGAACCCUAAAGUUGCAGACUUUGGGACCGCGAGGUUGUUCGAUGCUGAUGAGACUCGAGCUGAAACAAGACGAAUAGCUGGAACCCGUGGAUAUAUGGCUCCUGAAUACCUGAAUCACGGGCAAAUCUCAGCUAAGUCUGAUGUAUAUAGCUUCGGUGUUAUGCUUCUAGAGAUGAUAAGUGGGGAAAGAAACAAUAGCUUUGAAGGAGAAGGACUUGCAGCUUUUGCAUGGAAGAGAUGGGUUGAAGGAAAGCCUGAGAUUAUAAUUGAUCCUUUACUGAUGGAUGAACCGAGAAACGAGAUCAUUAAGUUGAUCCAGAUUGGUUUAUUGUGCGUUCAAGAGAAUGCAGCAAAGAGACCAACUAUGAGCUCGGUAAUACUUUGGUUUGGCAGUGAGACAAUGAUCAUUCCUUUACCUAAAGCUCCUGCUAUGACGGGAAGUCAAUGUCAAUCUGAAUACGGUACAAUGUCAAUGAGCAAUGUCUUCACGGAGUUGAGUUCCCGUUGAGUUAUAAAAUAGUGAAUCAAAAAGUUGUUUCAAGAUAUAUAUACUGUAUAUGUCACCUGAAAACGGAUAUUGCCUCCCUUUUGUUUCCUCAUUUAUGAGAUGUGUCGAUGGACUAACAUUUCAUAGCUUAAAAAAAAAAAAUAUUAUUUUGAAACUAAUGUAAAUUUUAUUCAUACUCAAAAACAUCAUCUUCAGCAAGUGUGACUUCUUAUUUCAUUAUCUGAUGACUAAAAUGAAAUUUCUAAAUGGUGUUGCGGCUGAUUAGCUAUGAGCGGAGAACUAUCCGGAGAGGCAAGUCUCUUAGUUCUCAUUCUUCAUUGCUCUACUCUGUGUCUGACUUGCUUAUCAUUCUUAUGUGUAAUGGAGGAGUUGGGAUUUUUCCAUGCCUUCUUGAGUUUGUCUUCUCCACAGACCAUGUAAUGUUGCUUGGAAAACAUUCCGGAUCAAAAACAAAGAGUUGUGCUCUUGUUGUGAAUCAGAUAUAAUCGAUAGUAGAGUGGUUAUUGGAGGUGGGGUUCACCCCACUCCCAACUCGGUCCUAGAAUCUGGUUCAAUAGUCUAAAAUUCUGUUAAAAAGGAUGAAAUCAAAUUUGUAACCACAAAAAUUAUAAGAACAAUUUUCUGAUCACUUUAAAAACUCAGUCAAAACUAAAACUCUUUAUGGUUUUCUUAUUAUGGAACAACUUAUCCAUAGAACUCCUAUUUAUAUAUAAACUAUUUUCUUAUUCUACAUGUAAUGUAAUAUGAUAACAAAAAACUUAUCCAAAUUUCUUAAUCUUAUCUAGAUUUCCUUAUUUGUGUAUUAUCUCUAACUCACUAAACACCUUUUUAAUGAGAUAGCUAUGAUAUAACUGGUGGAAGCUCCCUUGAUCUAGUGGUUUGACUAAGGGUUCAUUAAUAAUUCUAUACCAUGAUAUCUGAGUUUCAAAUCUCGGAGAAAGGAGAAUUAUGCAGAUUAAAUGUGGAAAGACUUACAAGAGAUCUUCAAGAUCGAGCAAGAAGUACUGUCAAGCUUGGAUAUCAUACGAAUAUGAGAAAUUUAUAUAAAGUGUGAUGUUUUCAAAUUUAAAGAAAUUAGAGAAUUUUAGAGUGAUAAAUAUUACAUUUUUGUUGCAAACAAUUAAGAGAAAGAAAGAGAAUAUGUAAAUAUCUUCUUUAUAUAUAAAA